AUGGACGUCGCGGACGGCGAGGAGGCGCGCCUCGAGCGCGAGCUCACCGGGAGUGGGAGCGACACUGAUUCGAGCAUCGACAUCCACACGCUCCUGCCGAAUCUGAUGUUGCGCGAUGGCUUGCUGUCGCCCAACUCGAAGCUUUUGCCACAGGCAUCGCGCAUGGGCACACCACUGUUGUCCAACGGCAGGCCCGGGAGUUUGCCCAGCGUAGCGUCCAUUGCCGACUCUGUCCUGACGAAAUCGGGGCUGUAUAAGCACGGACGCGACACGGCGAAGAGGCGGCACCGGCAUCGCGACGGCAAGCUCUUGCGCGGCGGCAUCGGUCUGACGACCGGGCUCGGCUGGAGCGACAGCGAGGACGAGGAUGCGCCAUCCCCGCUCACUCACAAGCUCUCCGCAAAUACCCUCAAGAGGAAAGCCACGCCGUCGGCGUUUCGCUCACCACAUCCCCUCUCGCGGAUCGGCAGCGCGGCCAACCUUGGUACCCUCGCCAAGGACGGACGGCCUCGCGAACUGAGCCGCUCCCCCUUUCCCUCCCGCACGUUUGUUUCCUCGCUGCGAUCGACGUCUUCCGCGAGUAGGUUGGCUGCUGGGACCCUCGGCUACAUCCACGAACGGGAGGAGACGCUCGAGUCCACAUCCUCAACAUCGAGCGCCAGCGUAUCCAUGCCCGUCACCCUUUUUGGGCAUGAUGAGCCCGGACUGUCUCCCAUCCUUGGCUCGCGGAAUGGGCGCACGAUGCAGCGCCCAAAGUUGGACGCCGGGCUCGCGUUCAUGGGCCGGUCGAGCGGCAUUUGGCAUGCACGGGAUGGCGCGUACCAGCCGACGCUGUCCGCGGCAGCACGCCCGCGCAUCCCUCUGCCAUCCCCUGCACUCGCCUCGCACGACGACGACGACUACGGACCAGCGCCCCUACCCUCUGGCACUGUUGUGCAAGAGAAGGACGGCGUACAGGAGUUCCCGGAGAAAGAGGAGAAGCGGCUGAUCGACCCGACCCGCCUCACGCGGCCGCGCCAGUUCGCACGCGCGUCCGCGCCCGCGCGCAACAGCGACAACUCGCUCUGGACAGAGACGCCCGCCGAGCGGCUACAGCGCCUCGCCGACGAGGUCGCGGGGAAGCGGCGGUGCGUGACCGACGGCGCGCCCGACCCCGAGGAGGAGCGCGAUGGCCGCAAACGCGCGCGGCACGAUGUCGAGGGCGUGGCUGACGCGAUGCUCCGUUUGAGCCGCUGCGAGCAGAAGAAGGUGCGCAGCGGGAUGCUCAUCGAGCGGCAUGCGCACGCGAGCGCAAAGCCGAAGGACAAUGGCGACAGCGGCGGUGAGGAGAGCCCGCCGGCGAUCUGGGACCACGCGCGCGACAUGGCGCUGUCCGGGCGGCUGAGUCGCGCGAGAGGGCCAUCCGCGACGCGCGCGGCCCUGGAGAGCGAUUGGAGUCGGGCAAAAGUGGCGGAUUCCUGUAAUUCUGGUUCGGACGUCGCGAGGGACGAGCGACCGGGGCGCAGUAGGACGCCUGAGUAA